GGAAAUCAUCCCUGGGAGUGACUUUAUUCAGACUGGUAGAAAUUUGCAAUGGUUCUAUUACAAUAGAUGGCGUGAAGAUUAGUGACAUUGGAUUAGAUGACCUGAGAAAGAAGCUAUCCAUUAUUCCACAGGAGCCUGUGCUCUUUGUUGGGACAGUCAGGUCAAACCUUGAUCCCUACAACCAGUACACUGAUUUGCAAAUUUGGGAUGCAUUAGAAAGAGUUCACAUGAAAGAAAGUAUAACACAACUGAAUGAGAAACUCGACUUUGAAGUCACAGAAAAUGGAGAGAAUUUUUCUGUAGGAGAGAGGCAGUUACUAUGUGUAGCUCGAGCCCUGCUUCAACACAGCAAGAUUUUAUUGCUAGAUGAAGCCACAGCUGCCAUUGAUACAGAUACUGACAUGUUGAUUCAUAAAACCAUUCAGGAGGCUUUUUCUGAUUGUACAAUGCUGAUUGUAGCUCAUCGUCUUCACACAGUAUUGAACUGUGACAGGAUCAUGGUGCUAGAUCAAGGCGAGAUUGCUGAGUUUGACAGCCCUAGUGUCCUGCUCUCCAACGACAAUUCAAGAUUCCAUGCAAUGUUCAGCGCAGUGGAAAACAGGAUAAUAGCAUCACCAUCCAGCAGUUAAUCUCAUUGUUCAGCAAUCAAGUUGGAACUCUCCAGACUAUCACUGGCCUCACUGCGUAGUGCAACCUCUCUAGAUAAGGAACUGAGGAAAAAAAAAAUGGACCCUUUGCAGAUGGAUAAAGUGAUUCCAAAUGAACUGUCACUCAUGCAUACUUUAUUUAUUAUACUUUACAGACACCACAAAACAUCACGUAAUUUGACAGUGGUUAUGUCUUUUAAAGGGGGAAUAUCUAAUGAAAUAUGUUGGGAGUAAUUAGUGUAAGAGUACUUUAGUGAAAUACUGCUCAAUACACUGCUUUUUGAGAAGGAACAGAUCUGUCUCAAUUUUAAACCAUAUGCCAAACAGCCUUGGAUUAUUUUUUAAACUAAGUUCUUUGUUUAGGGCUUCCUUUAUAAAGAUGUGUCCAAAUUAAUUGUUCUUUGUUAAAAAGCUAGUCUUUGAAUAUUAAUGAGAAGGGAUGAAUUUUAAGUACUUACUGUUAAAACAAAAAUUCAGAAAUUAAAAGGUUCAGUGGAAGGUUGGACAUCUUCCAACCCAGAAACUCCUUUUGCUAAAAAUGGUUUUAAAAAUCCAUAAAAACGACUUUUUUUCCCUUAUAAAGACUUUGACCAUUAUUGUUUUGCCAGAACCAGGAGCAUUUGGUCAGGACAAUUUUUUGUCAACAUCAGCAAGAAUUCUGUUAUUUUCUACGUUCAGGUCACUUUGGACCCAUAUACUUCCUCCAGAAAGGGAGUGUAAUGUUAAUUUUUUACAAAUUCUUUUGUUUAUGAGAAGCAGAUUCACUGUGUGUAAAAUAAAAUCCUGUGGGAGUGGCAUUAUCCUAGACUAAGAUUCCAUAAUGUUCUUAUUUGCAGCAGAAACAAUAUUUCAUUCUCCCACACCAUUCUUUAAAAUCAAAGUGCAUGCAACUCAACGGGGAGUUGUAAGGUUGUCCAAUUUGUGAUCCAUUGAAAGUUCUUUUUUGCAAUAUUGACUCUGUAUAUGAAGCUGUAUAAAGCUAGAACCAGGAGAGGGGUGAGUCACUAACUCCCAAAUCAGGUAGGUCCUUCAUAGUCGUAUACUAUUGAAUGCUGCUCUGACUGUCUUUCUUGAGGGAAAUAAAUGUCUAGCAAUGUCCUUAA